AUGGCAGCAGCUGAAGAGUGCAGUUCCAAUGGAUCCUCACGGUGGUCCCUCAAAGGAAUGACUGCUCUCGUCACCGGUGGAACUCGUGGAAUCGGACAUGCCAUAGUGGAAGAUUUGUGUGGGUUUGGUGCCACCGUCCACACUUGUUCCAGAAACCAAGCAGAGCUCGAUAACUGUUUGAAUCUAUGGCGUAGUAAAGGCUUUUUGGUUUCUGGAUCUGUGUGUGAUGUGUCAUCUCGAGACCAAAGGGAGAAGCUUAUUCAACAAGUCACCUCAAUCUUCAAUGGCAAACUUCACAUUUAUGUGAACAAUGUUGGGGCAAACUUUAGGAAACCAACCAUUGAGUACACUGCUGAAGCAUCUGGAGCGGGAAGCAUUGUAUUCAUUUCAUCUAUUUCCGGUGUGGUAAGCUUAGGUACUGGAUCAGUCUAUGCAGCAAGUAAAGCUGCAAUCAAUCAGCUUACAAAAAAUUUGGCUUGUGAAUGGGCCAAAGAUGGCAUAAGGAGCAAUUGUGUUGUUCCUGCUACCACUAAUACACCACUUGUAGAACAUCUGCUUCGCAACAAGCAAUAUGUAGACGAAAUGUUGUCUCGAACUCCUCUUGGACGCAUCGCAGAAGCUCAAGAAGUUUCAUCCUUGGUCGCUUUCCUUUGUCUUCCGGCUGCAUCUUACAUCACAGGGCAGGUUAUUUGUGUUGAUGGAGGACUAACAGUGAAUGGAUUUCAGCCCAGUAUGAGAAUAACAUAA